UUAGCCGCCGAGCGAGCUGACUAAGCGGGAUACCAAGUCCCAAUCAUGACCCUCAUCUGAAGUACUAAUUAAGUCAAAGCAGCUGCCAAACGGGCGCCCAGAGCGAUCCAUUAUACGUCCACCUGGUGCCUUCGAGUGUCUACGUCUUUGCAAUACUGGAUAGUUGAUACGAGAUGGAACAAGAAGAGUCCUAACCAUAUAAUGACGAUGGAUCCCGCCGCCAUCAACACGAAUGCCGAAGGAUGGAGACACAGAAGAAGAGGUUAAUGUGAAUAUCGAGAUCCCAUCCAAAAUCCUCGGGGAUAUAAUGAACGAUAGCCGCAAGCGAAAGGUACAGGACUCGGUGGACUGCCGUGGCUGCAAAAUGCAUGCUUCAUCCCGCGGUAGGCUUCGGGACACGGGAGAAAUGGAUUUAGGUGAGGAUAACGAAGAGGUUGAGGGUGACAGGAUGGACAGGCUCGAAGAGUACUGCAACUGGAGUCUGCAGCAAGUUAAGAGUGACAAGUGGAGAGAGGCUCUGCAGGCUGCGAAUCAGUUUGUGAUGGAUCAGUUUCUAGAGCUGAAUUCCAUUUUGAAGCACCCAAAGGUGGCUGCGGAUGUGAUGGUGAAGGGCGGAGUGAAGCCGGGCAUUGCGCUGCAGUUCGUGAGCAAUAUUACCAAGUUUCGACAAGAAACAAAGAAGCUAUAAAGAAAAAG